CCUGUAGGUGCAAGUGACACACAUAAUGGGGGAAGCUGCAGCUGACAGGUUCCGUAAUGGCCGGGAACCUCAGCCGUCCGGCGGCUCAUUCCGACUCCUCUGUUCCACCAAAUGCUUUCCUAUCAGUCCUUCCUGGCCAAGGAAGCCGGCUUCCCCAGCAGAGGAGGAGCAAGAUGGUGUGAUUCCAUCGCUUUUGCCCCCUUCAAAGGCCGCAAUGCAGAGGAAACCAGGCGGAUGGAGAGCCAUGCCUUUCAUAUUAGGGAACGAGACGUUCGAGAGGCUGGCUACUUUCGGGCUGCUGGCGAACUUCAUGGUGUACUUGAUGAGAGAGUACCACAUGGACCAGGUCUCGGCGUCGAACGUCCUCAACAUGUGGUCUGGUUUCACCAACUUUGCCCCCCUGGUCGGCGCUUUCAUCUCUGAUGCUUACGCUGGGAGGUUCCGCACCAUUGCAGUCGCCUCCUUUGCGUCUCUUCUCGGCAUGGUCACGAUCACUCUCACUGCGUGGCUCCCGCAAUUGCACCCUCCAUCGUGCCCGCCGGGACAGCAACAGGGCCAGUGCAAGGGCCACAACGGUGUCCAGCUGGCCGUCCUGGUCACCGGGUUGGGCCUCCUAUCAGUCGGGACCGGUGGGAUUCGGCCCUGCAGUAUCCCAUUUGGAGUGGACCAGUUCGACCCGUCCACAGAGGAGGGCCAGAAGGGGAUCAACAGCUUCUACAACUGGUACUACACUACCUUCACGGUGGUGAUCCUCAUCACUCAGACGCUGAUCGUCUACAUCCAGGACUCGGUCAGCUGGGUUAUCGGGUUCGGGAUCCCGACUGCCCUCAUGUUCUGCUCAUUAGUGCUCUUCUUUGUCGGGACGAGAAUCUAUAUCCAUGUCAGGCCCGAGGGCAGUAUCUUCAUCGGGAUCAUCAAAGUCCUCGUGGCGGCCCACAGGAAACGCCACCUCAAGGUGCCACCGAGAGGGUCGGCAGAGGCGAUAGGGGUUUUUUACGAUCCCCCGCUGCCUAAGGACUCGCCGUUCCAGUCGAAGCUUCCUCUCACGGAUCAAUUCAGGUUCUUGAACAAGGCAGCUAUUGUCCUUGAAAAUGACCUAAACGCCGAGGGAAGCCCUAAGGAUCAAUGGAGUCUCUGCCGCAUACAACAAGUGGAAGAGAUGAAAUGCCUCCUCCGGAUUGGCCCCGUCUGGGCCUCCGGCAUCGUCUCGCUGACUGCCAUGUCCCAGCAAGGCACAUUCACCAUGUCCCAGGCCCUCAAGAUGGAUCGCCACCUAGGUCCCCGGUUCCAGAUCCCUCCCGGAUCCAUGACUGUGAUAUCCAUGAUCACCAUCGGCAUUUGGCUCCCAAUCUACGACCGGCUCAUUGUACCUGCCCUCCGUAGGGUCACCGGGCUUGAGGGUGGGAUCACGCAGCUCCAGAGGAUAGGUGUCGGGAUGGUCUUCUCGAUCCUGUCGAUGGUCGCCUCGGGGUUGGUCGAGCGAGACCGUAGGGCCUUGGCGAAUGCCCACCCCAACCCCCUCGGCAUCACUCCCAUGUCGGCCCUGUGGUUGUCCCCGCAGCUCAUCUUGAUGGGUUUCUGCGAGGCCUUCAAUAUAAUUGGGCAGAUUGAGUUCUAUAACCGGCAGUUCCCCGAUCAAAUGAGGAGCGUGGCAAACUCCCUCUUCUUCUGCUCCUUUGCCGGGGCGAGCUAUCUCAGCGCACUGGUGGUGAACAUCGUGCACCAUGUCACUGGAGGCCACGGCCGUCCCGAUUGGCUGACAGCCGAUAUUAAUGCUGGGAGACUAGACUACUUCUACUAUCUCUUGGCGGGGAUGGGAGCCCUGAAUUUCGUUUAUUUCCUGUACAGUGCCAAAAGGUACCGUUAUAAGGGCAGUGUAGAAUCAGAUCGUGAGGGCCACUUAGAUUUCGAGCUAACUAGCACUAUCAAAGUAUGAGUAAAUUAUUUAAGCAAUAUAAUCGUAGCUUGGCUAUAUCGAUACAUAAAUAAAUAAUGUUCGGUUGUAGUAAACGGUCCAUGAUAAUAUUUAUGAGGCCUUCCCUUUGGAGAA